GCCCAAAUGCUAAGCAAGGUUAGGUAAGAGAUAGCUACUUUAAACAACAUCAAAACCAUUUCUUUUUUUACAGCAUUUCUAUUCAUAGGUUCUUGCAGUAGUUGAACUCAGUCCUUCUAUUGGGAUUGAUUUUUGCCAUUGUCCAUUGCUAAAUGAAAUAACACCCUCUCACAAAAUUAACAAAAGAGAAGAAACGUACGUGAGAGAGAGAGAAAGAGAGAGAGAGACAAAAGUAGUACUAGUCUUUUCUUCUUUUGGGGUGUUGUGAUUGUGUUGUAAAGAAGAGGAAUAGGAUAAAAUAAAAAUGCAGCUUCAUAUCUCACCAAGUUUGAGACAUGUGACAGUGUUUCCAGGCAAAGGGGUAAGAGAGUUCAUCAAAGUGAAAGUGGGCUCGAGAAGGCUUUCCUACCGAAUGCUAUUCUACUCUCUCUUGUUCUUCACAUUUCUUCUUCGUUUUAUCUUUGUUAUGACAGCAGUUGACUCCAUUGAUGGAGAAACCAAGUGUUCAACUAUUGGUUGCUUGGGGAAAAAGAUAGGACCAAAAAUUUUGGGAAGAAGGAUUGACUCAUAUAAUGUCCCUGAAGUGAUAUAUCAAGUACUAGAAGAACCCAUCAGUAAGGAUGAAUUACAAGGAAGAAAUGAUAUUCCCCAAACUCUAGAUGAGUUCAUGGCUGAGAUCAAGAAUAGCAACUUAGAUGCGAGGACUUUUGCUAUCAAGCUUAGAGAAAUGGUUACCCUUCUUGAACAAAGGACUAGAACAGCCAAAAUUCAAGAAUACUUGUACCGCCACGUGGCAUCAAGCAGCAUACCAAAACAGCUUCAUUGCCUAGCCUUGAGGCUAGCCAAUGAGCACAGCAACAAUGCAGCUGCUCGCCUCCAACUGCCUUCGGCUGAACUCGUCCCUGCCCUCGUCGACAAUUCCUACUUCCACUUUGUCCUUGCCUCAGACAAUGUCCUAGCCGCCUCUGUUGUUGCCACAUCACUUGUCAAAAACUCAUUGAGGCCCCACAAGGUUGUCCUCCACAUCAUCACUGAUAGGAAGACUUACUAUCCAAUGCAGGCAUGGUUUUCUUUGCACCCUUUGUCACCUGCUAUAAUUGAAGUGAAAGCAUUACACCACUUUGAUUGGUUCACCAAGGGGAAAGUGCCAGUUUUGGAAGCAAUGGAGAAGGAUCAAAAAGUCAGGUCCCAGUUCAGAGGAGGGUCAUCAGCCAUUGUGGCAAAUGCUACCGAAAAGCCUAGGGUUAUUGCAGCCAAAUUGCAAGCUCUUAGUCCCAAGUAUAACUCAGUUAUGAACCACAUAAGAAUACACCUCCCAGAGUUGUUUCCUAGCCUCAAUAAGAUAGUCUUCUUGGACGAUGAUAUAGUGGUUCAAACUGAUCUUUCACCUCUGUGGGAGAUUGAUAUGAAUGGAAAGGUGAAUGGAGCUGUGGAGACAUGUAGAGGAGAAGAUAAGUUUGUGAUGUCAAAGAAAUUAAAGAGCUACUUAAACUUCUCCCAUCCUUUGAUAUCAAAUAAUUUCGACCCUAAUGAAUGUGCAUGGGCUUAUGGCAUGAACAUUUUUGAUCUUGAGGCCUGGAGAAAAACCAACAUAAGUGCCACAUACCACCAUUGGGUUGAACAGAACUUGAAAUCAGACCUGAGCUUGUGGCAGCUAGGUACAUUACCCCCUGGCCUAAUAGCAUUCCACGGUCAUGUUCAAGUAAUUGAUCCAUUUUGGCACAUGUUGGGGCUUGGAUAUCAAGAGAACACAACUUAUGUUGAUGCUGAAAGUGCUGGUGUCAUUCAUUUCAAUGGCAGAGCAAAGCCUUGGCUAGACAUUGCCUUUCCAGAACUCCGGCCGUUGUGGUCAAAAUACAUCAAUUUCUCUGAUAAAUUCAUCAAAGGCUGUCAUAUUAGAGCAUCCUAGACUUUGCAUUUUUGAGAGGAAUAUCUUGAUCUUACUGAUUAUAAAGAAUCGUAUUCGUUGUAUAUGAGAAAGAAAAGAGAAGAUGACACAGUCUUCCCCAAUUCAAGGUCUUCAAUGCUCAAUGCAAGAUUAAGAUAAAAGAGAGCCGUGUGAGCACCCACGGCUCCACUUUUUCCAGCUCUCUUUGCUCAGUUGGAAUUCUCUCAUUUAGCUCACUUUUUUUAGUUCUUGUAAUAUUUUUGUGUUGUUAAAAGGUUUCAAAAACAAAUAAAAGUAAUAAUACUUUGUUAAUACUCUGCAUUCAUGAUGCAGAAAUCACAUCCAAGCUUGUUAAUAUUUUCAUUAGAGAAAGCAUGUUACAUUUCCAUUGAAAAAACUUAGACAGAGAUUUAAAAAUUGGGCUGUAUUUGGCACAAAGAAUGGCUUUGUGAAAAAGAUACAUUUUGGCUUGUGAAAAAGAUAACAAGGACCUCUCAAAUGACAUCUCCAAGACAGCUUAGUCUUACCAUUUCAUUUUUGUUUUAAGGAAAAGAUAUAAAAUACUGAAGUUCGUAACAAGUACCACAAUUAUAUUUUGGAAUAACUCAUUCGAUAUUCCAUGUUUUAACAAAAUACAAAUUACAGAUACUAUUUUAUACUGAUUUUCAAAUUACACAUACCUGAUGAUUAUUAUUUUACUCCAUAUUUUUACGAAAUACAAAUUUCAGCUACUAUUUUGUAUUCACAUACAUGAUAAAAUCUGUUCAGAGGACCGGUUACUGGUACAAGAAUCACUCCAAUCUAAUUACAGAGACUAUUUUAUAAUAUUUCAAAUUACACAUACCUUAUUUAUUGAAAAAGAUAACAGAUUCAUGAUGGUUUUUUUGUUUUUUUGUUUUUUGGAAAAAGGAUGCCAUAAAGAUAUAUUUCCAUAAAGUAAAUUCCCUAAAUUUUCUUUUAAUGUGCAACAAAUAUUGAUAUUUAAGUCUUAUCAAAAAAGAAAAAAUAUUGAUAUUUAUUUCAUGUCACUGAUCCUCAUCAAAAGGUAUUGUUAUUUUCCUUCAGUUCACUCUUUCGAGUCGAUCUCAUCAUUUAUGAUUAAAUAAUAUAUUAACCGUAGGCUAUAUUUGCAAUCUCACCACAAUAUCAGUUAAAGGUAAACAAUUGAAACUCCAAAAGCGAGGAAUGAAACCAAAACUUGAAAAUCUAUUUACUAAUAAUUACACACACUUACUUCUUUCCAGUGACAUUAGACACCAAAUCUUUCAAGAACUUCACAGACUUGGUCACCGGUGAGUUGACGGCCAUCAAAUUAUACAAAACAUUCUCAACUUCACCAAUUGAUGGCCGAGCUUUGAACUUGGAGAUGACCCUCAACUCUCCUUCUUCUUCUUCAACAAGCACAGACCACUUCUCACCACUCACAACUCCAUUUCUUACGCACUUGAAAAUCACUCCUCUUCUUUUGCUCAAAAUUCCUUUCACCUCCAAACCCAUGAAAGAAUACACCACUUCAAAAGACCCCACAAAGCUACUCAGCUCCCCAAACUCACUCUCCUCCUCAAAAGCCCAUCUGGGGUUGAAUACCACCACGGGCCUCGGGUAAAAAUCAUCCGAAACACUCUUCACAUUCCCCAAAUCUUUUACCUCCGGAGCUAGAAACACUGCCACGUCUGCAGAGCUCAAACCACCGGUAGUGAGGGAAGAAAAGUCAACGUGGUCAACUGGGCAUGAAGGGUAAGACUCGAACACUCUCAAAGCAGCUUCUUUGUAGGAAUCAUUAGGCCAAAUGAUUAAGAUGUUCACUGGGGAGCCUUUUCUUUUGAAUGGUAGUUCUCCAAACACCUCGAAAGAUAAUCGGGAGAGAGAUUCCGGGGAGUCAUCAAUGACCGGAAUCUCGACCCGGAAUCUGGGUUGCUUCACUCUCUUGAGCUUGUUGGUGAGCUUGGUGUUAUUGAGGGGUUUUUCUAGUGUGCUUGAGAGGCAUGUCUUGGCUUGGAGAAUGGCCGAUUCUUUUGAGGUAGGUGGGCUUGAAGAAGGUAAGGAGCUUCUGAUCGGGACCUUGAUCCACGGCGAAGAGUUUUUGUGGUUAUGAAAUACGCUUGUAGUAGAGGAGGAGAGGUGGCAGUGAUGAUGAACACGAAAUGAAGAUAGAGAAGAGAAUGCAUUUGCGAGUUGGGAUUCGAAUUUUGUGUUUGGAGUUGGAGUAGUGUGCAAUUGAAUUUUGAGAAGAUUGGACGCCAUUGUAGUUGGUUAUAGGUGUAUCAAUGGAUGACCAGU